GUUUGGCCCCCGGGUCGGUUGGCUAGCGUUUGAAUGGUACCGAGACUUCCUCCACAGCAAUAAAACGAUGAUCGGGCAAUUUAGCAAUCGCGUCGCUACAACAAAAAGGCGGAAGCCAGCAGUUGUCGAAGAAGAAUGGAACCGACGACGACCCACGACAACACAGUCUCAGCAGAAGCAGCGCCUCUCCAUUGGUAACCGUUACGGUGAAAACGAGCUACUAAUAAUGCUGACUGUGGACUCAACUCGGGGGAGCUGAUUGGCCUCGGCAUCGUCUUGGUGCUGCUAGAAACAGGGAAAUUUUAGAGCAUCAUCGUUUCUGGAACUAUUGCAAUUGCCCAGCAGAGCGCGUUUGAACAGAUCGAAAUUCACAAACCACAAAGAAAAAUGAUUCAACCGCGACCAUUCCGCAAACCACCGGACGUGGAGGAAGCUCUCUCGUCGAUGCUUUGGACCCCGUACGACAACAACGCGUCCGAUUCGGAUUCAUCGCCGGACGAAGAUCCUCGCUCACCGCUGGACCCGGCCAUAAUCUCUGGAAGAUUCUCCAAUAACAAUCAUAUCCAAUCGUCGCUGGCAAUGAAACGAAGCUUUUCCGAGUGGAAUUACCGUAGCUCGAGUGAUGACAGCACCGUCAAAGCGCCACUCAUCCAAGCGACUGCCGGUGAUGGACCCAGUAAUCGCUACAGCUACCCGUACUACAGUUUGCACCCUACUGCCGGUACCGUGGGGACUAACUGCUAUUGGAAUAGUAAUAAUAUUUACACUGAUGGUUUUCCCGGACCGUCAGCGACGGCCAACAUAACGACAACGAUUUUUCCAACGAUGCUACCGGGACCAUCACUGGACUACUGGAAGCAGAUCCGUUCCACGGCGUCGUCCAGCGUUGUUCCUGUGGCAUCGACACCGACAGCAACACCACCACCACCACCACCCCUGGAUCCGUCAUUGCUUCCGUUCAGUUUGCUCAGUAUGGAUACAAUCCCGGGGGCAGUCGGUGGUACGAUGACGGCCACAGCCGCUUAUGGGUUCUACGAAACCGAUUUGAUCAACUCCAAUAUGAUGGUUGGCACCAAUGAUAGUUUUGUUGAUUAUCAGGUUUAUCCCAACACACCGGUCGCUGGUGGUAGUGCCUACCUGAGGACCCAACAGUCGCAGGCGCAUUUUUCGUCUAUGUCUUCGUCAUCUUCGUCCUCGGCGGCAUCAGGUAACAACCUGGUGAACGACAACAAUAACAACUACAACUAUGACAGUAACGACAACAGUCUAUGCAGAAUUUCCGCAAUACUUAAGCCAGUCAUGCGCAGCAACAGCAGCAGUUUCAACAGUGGCAACGUUGGAGACCUACAUUUCUCAAAACAUCAACAACAACGGCCGCGGUCGGCACAGCACACUAUAGAGAAUGCAACUGGCUCAAGUUUCACCAACACCAGCAGGCGACUGCAGGAUGAACAUCAGGUUGGAUGCAGUCGGAAUGAAUGGCCAAAAUGGAACGGUCAAAACAUGAGCCCGUUUAACGGCUACCACCACAUGGAAGGUGGAUGUGAGGGUGUCGUCGCGGAAGCAGCUGAUGGUGAACAGUUUGCUGAGGGUAGGGACUGGCAAAUAGCACCAACAUCGACUGGGGUUCCGAUGAAUGGUUUGGAUCGUACCGCGUUUAGUAGUGUGCGGAUAGUGAACGGAGAAGCAUACGCGUAUAGUGAUCUUACCGCGCCGGAGCGUCGUUUGUUCGCUGCGACCGACCGACAGACGAUCGAUCGGAAUUUCAGUUCCCGUGACAAUACUAGCCGAAGUGGCACUGGUUCCUACAAGGCUUUGGAUAAUCUACGAGAUUUUGGUCGCAGCGUCCGGGAUCGGUUCGUGGAUAUCAUGCGACUAAACGUGCCAGCGGCCCCCGAGGGUAGCCGGACCAGUGUUUACAUCCCGUCUACGGAUGGGACAGCAAUUGCAGAUGGUGCAAUCACUCACGGUGAGGGUGGACAUAGACCUACCCUAACGAUCCAGGUGAAUCGUGUCGAUACUAAUAAUCAGGAGCAGAAUGAUGUUGUAAAUAAUGCGUCCUCCGGUGUGAGCAUCGUGAAUUGCUAUCGCGAGGCGCCCAAAAGUGCGGAGAAUCCUAGUGAUCAAGAGAGUGCCGUUAUAUCUGCUGGCCAGGAUGGCCCGGAGGAAAGUCAAUUCUAUUCCAGUGAUGUUAACAGUGCUGAUCUGAAUCCUACAAUUAUCGAUAAAAAUCAUGUAAAUAUCAGUGCAAAUGAAGAGCAAAUGGUUCAUGUUUCUAACAGAGUAGUGCAAAGUGAUGCCAAUCUGAUCGAGUAUAGUUAUAAUCAGAAGAAUAGUGCUAAGAAUCAAACUACCCCGUACCACCAAACGGAUAUCGACCGCAUCGAACCGGCAGGCAAUCGUACCUACACCUCGACCGAGGCCCAAACCGAAGAUCAUCCGAUCACAAGCUACCCCCAUCCGGCCAUCCUCGCCGGUGGCAUCCCCCAUCCUCCUUCCCAUCCCUCGCUCCUGUUGACUCCCCCGGUCGGAUCGGAAUUCAGCACCCGAGAGCAUCGUCGCCGGGAACGGCGCGAACGUCGUCAAGCGCGCAACCGGAUGCAGCAUGUCCACCCGUUGGACCAACCGCCGCCACCGCCGACAAUGAUUCGGCCGCCCCCAAUCGAAAUUAUACCGGAUAUUCUGCACAGCCAUUUACCCCCGCCGUACACAACGUUACCGCUGGGGGCCACGGUGCUGCCGGCGCCGAUCCUGCCAGCCGUUUCGGUGCACCAUCGGGGGGCGGCCGACGACUGUCGGUACUCGUUCCCGAUUCCGAUUAUGAGAAGCUCACCAUCGGAACGUUCCCGGAAAGGUUGUUGCGGUCACUGGUUUGCCGGGCCACCACUGCGGGCGCUCAUCGCGGUGGUGGCCCUGGGCGGUGUGGCGUGCGCUCUGGGCGGUGCAGCACUCGGCGCGACCGGACUUGCCGGCUCACCUACCUCACAUCUGACGGCUGCCUUAUUGAUGAUUGGUGUUGGAGUAAUCUUGGUCACCGUGAGCGGAGCCGCCUGGCGGAUGACGGCACCGGGGGCUCCGCCCUGUCUCGGUCUUGGCUCCACCGUGGAUUUGGGCCGAUGUUCACGACGACCUUGCGGCCGGGGUGGCAGCACACCGCACGGGCUGCUGUAUCCGGAGUUCCAGCAUCGACCGCCACCGCCAUCCUAUCAGGCCAGCAUGCAGGAGUACAGAUUAAGGCUUCUUCUAUUGGAUAGAGAUCGUCAAUCUGGAAGAAUGCGCAGCACGGCGUCACCCCCGCCCACCUAUCGAUCCAAUGUCGGGAGUCUUCUGAGAAUCCCCCUUACCACACGGUACAACAACGGCGCCAGCAAUGUCAACGGUGGAACAGGUGGAGGGACAACCGCCACCGGCAGCAGCGGCACAAGCACCAGCAUAUUCGGUGGCAUAAGUGGCAUCAUCAGCGGUGCCAUGGGUAGCAGUACAAACAGUAUCAACGCGACAACUCAAUCAUCACCCCCAAUCAGUGCAGGACCGGGCGGGGCAAGCCAACCGGAUCUGGCAGCAGUUUCGGAUCCUAGUGGUGCGCCACCACCAACUUAUCGCACUAUUGACCGUAGGAGUUCAUCAGCGUCGGCGGUGAUAGCUCAGCCUCAAGCCAGUAGCAGCGAGCAUCAGGUGCAGACCCGAAAACCGCCACCCCCAUUGCCACCACCGCCAUCAACAACAGCAACCGCAGCGACAACGACAACGACGCCGACGACGGCAAUGACGCCAGCUACAAAAGCAACCCGCGGCUCUGGUGGUGGCCUAAUAAAUGACGAUAAUAUUGUAUCGACAACGGGUCAACCGACCGUGGCAGGACGUACGCCUUCGAUUAUUAAAAUAGAUGACGGUAAAUCAACAACUGCCAUCGUGGCCACCGGUGGAGACCCGGUGGCGACCCCAGUGCAACAUAAACAACGAAAUUCAAUUACGCACGAAAUAAUUGAAAACGAUAGUAAUUCGGCCGGCGAGAACGCUCCCAACAAGGACUUAGUUACAAUUGUUACCAUUUCCGGCACACUCGAGCAGCCGAAAUCGAAUAAAUCCGUGUACGGCGACGAUUCGGUUACUGCUGCUGCUGGGGGUGCGCUGCCGGUCAGUGCCGGAAAGGCAGCAUUAUUAAAUCCAGUAAAAUCGCUAGGAAGCGGGACGGUGGCACAUCUGUAGCCGUGGACGCGAACGCAGUCACAUCUGUGCACACGUACACGCACCGAUGUUAUUUUCUAGCAAACAUGCACACAUACAUUGAUGCGAUGGAGGGAGCGGGAAAAAAAGAUAAAUAAACGCCAUGGAAGUCUAGUUUUGCUACAAAUAUUUUUUGGAAAUGUUUUGGUUGGCCUGCCCGGGUGUUGUGGUGCACUAUUUUUUGAGGCGCUGUCGGUUUCUGGUGCAAGGGUUUACAUGUGACCGUGUGGAGAUGCAAAAAGGGCCCGUAGUGGAGAGUUUUUAUAGCCGUGCGGCGCGAUGCUUUAUUAUGAAAUAUGCAGUCCGAUUCUUUCUAGUGAAUGCAUAUUUUGAUUCUCAUUCCAAUAUGUGGGUCAGUGUGUAAAAACUUGGGCAGCUGCUAGCUUCGCUGUAAUACUCUUUCAAAUGUCUGAUUGGAAAUAAUGUUUCAAUUGCAAUAACUGUACAAAACAGUGUAUGCGUUUUUGUAUUCCUUCUGAACAUUGCUAGCUAUUAUUUUUUAUUUCACUUAUGUUGAUUUAUCUUGCCAUGUUUUAUACACAAACGUUGAUAAGUGCGACACAUCCAAAAAGUUGAAACAAUGAAUCAAAUAGAGUUCAAAACUUGUAAAUAAAAUUAAAUGAAAGCUGUUAAGUGAGCAGUGAAAUAUUAAGAGAUUUUGAUUGAUUCCGUUUGUGACUGAAGCCCUAAUCGAAGUCAUUGUUUAAAUCGAUCAUAUGAAUUCAUCAUUUACCCCUGAAUAUCCUAUGGCGCGUUCAGUUCCAAAUUUUUAAUGUUACCUCACCCGGAAAGCCAACCAAAGCAGGAAGAAAACGAAAGAAAAAAUCAAAUAAAAAUAAAUAGAUUUAGUUGUUCGCAUUUUAGGCGUAAGUUAAACGUAUCGUGGAUUUCUGUAGAGUUGUAUAGAAUCUAGCUUUAAGAUCACUACAACAAAAAAUCGAGUGCAUGCGAUCCCUCCAGUGAGGAACGGGGAGAUGAAACCAAUAAAUUAUCUCCAGCUGAGUGUUUGUGCUAUAUUUACUACUAUCCUUGCUGUGCUCUGCCGAUUUAGUUGCGAACUGGAACCGAAGUGCAACAAUGCGUGAACGAGUGUGUCGUCCCAUCCAAACCACAACGAGAGGAUAAAGUUAUAAGGCAAAAAAAGAGUUAAAACAAACAGAAUGAUUCGAGAGUGAAAAUAAAUUAAAUUUUAAUUUAAUAUGUGCCUGAAACAUCAAAUUAAUGUAAAACGCAAAAUCACAAUGUGAAAAAGCAUGCUGAUGAAAAACCAGUGAGCGAACGAGAUAGACGGAGACGGAGGGGUAGAUGCAGAAAUAUGAAACCAUAAUAUAUGAAUCAGUAAACUGCAAGCGCUAAAGUUUUGAUUGCAGGGUUUUAUUCGUUUUUAAUAACAUGCAUCCCCCCUGGGUGGGUGGGAAAAGUUUUUUUUUCGUUCGCCGUUUCAAUAUAUUCGUCACUUGCCACUUUCAGCGACCCCGAUUUCCACGCCGUUGACACCGCAGAAAAUGGCUUUAAAUUUGAUUAAUUUUGCAUUCUGUUUCCAUUGCGCCAGGGCGAUGCGGAAAAGUCAAACACGUUUUCCCCGUAAAUUGUUCUUUCUCAUUACCCGGUUGAGUUGCUGGUAAAAUUGUUACACUAUUCGUUUUUCAUCGCUUGGGUAAUGUUCAUAGCACGAAACAGAAGAAGAUAAACAUUGUAGUAAAGCUAAUAGUAGCGAGACGUUUGUUAUUUCCCGUAGAAUCGUAGGACAUUGACAACUAUCAAGAAAUAGUUACAAAGUGUAAAACAGCGAAUAGGUAAAUACAUGAAAUCUAACAAUGGCUGCGGUAGAUGAAAGAAAGUAACAUUAGAGAGUAACGUAAGGGACAAGGGAAACUGCAUCUCGAUAUCGAACGAAUAAGUAUGACGAAGUGUUGAAAAUGUAAGGAAGAAAUCUGUAUCAUAAAUGUUUUUAUUUUAUAUUUAACCAAAGAAUGAGAGAGGAAAUAUAAAAAGAGCAGAGUAUUAUCAUAUCGAAAAACUUUAAA